UUGUUGAAUGAAUGAAUGAAUGAUGAAUCUCUUCCUAUUGCUAAUUGGCGUUGUUGGACUUGUUGUUGGCUUUUCUACAGGCGUUCCGGUUUUUACGGAUCGUAGAAUGGUGAAAAUUCAAAAUUUCAAAAGGGUUCAACGUUCUCCCAAUGAUCAUUAUGAAAUUCACGUUGACGUUCCCGUCGAAGAUGAGAUCGUCUCACUCGAAUUGAAGAGAAACGCCGAUAUUAACCCGAAUAUGAAGAUUGAAUUCGAAAAUCGAGAAUUGGCUAAAGGCCAUCUGAAAGGUGUUUUUCCCUAUCAAGACAUCAAUUCGGGAGCCGCAGUUAUGGUCUCCGAGAAGAUAAUCGACGGAAGAGUGAAAAGAUCUAUUGAAGGAAAAUUCGAACACCGCGGUAUGGAAAUUCUUAUCUCUCCUACAAUUAACAACGAAGAUGGAGAGCAUUUUAUCGAUACACCGUCUCCAUCGGAAAGAGACGCCAGUAGUCAACCUAUAUCAUUCAAGGUUGAAGAAAGGAUUAAAGAUAAUAUGAAGAGAUCAGUAGCUAAACCUCAUUAUCACGUUGAAGCUGUAAAUAUUAUCGACUAUACUAUUUGGGAUUUUUUCCUUCAAAUCACAUCCGGAAAUGACGAAAAUGAGGCUGUUUCAAAGAUUAGAUACCAGUUUUUUCAUAUCAUGAACGGAGUUGAUCUUGCGUAUAGAAGAAUCAACGAUCCCAGAUAUAUGAUUUCCGUAUUUGUUAAGAAAAUGAUGAUUAUUAGACAAAAAGAAAAUUGUCCAUUUACGGAUGGACCCAGUCCGUUAAGGGUUAGGUCGAAUAGCGGUAGAGAGGCAAUCGAUGCCAGGGAAUCGUUGAAACGCUUGACCACGUGGAUGAGAGAUCCUACCAAUACGGGUGGAGAAGAUUGGAUGGAUUGGGAUCAUACGUUUCUAUGGACCAAGAAAGAUUUAUACAGCAGUUCCAGUUACACUACAGUCGGAGUGUCUUACGUUGCGAGAGUGUGUACGGAGACGGGAACGUCGGUUAACGAAUAUAUUGGUAUGAGCUCUUGGAAAAUUGCCGCUCACGAGUUGGCUCAUAAUCUUGGAUCCUAUCAUGAUGGAAUGGAAACCAGCGCAGCGUGUUCACCGAACGAUAAAAAUAUUAUGUCACCCUCAUUUGGUAGUCUCCAUGUUGCCAGUAUAAGAAAUUCUUUCGCGUUUAGUCAAUGCUCAAUUGAUGCCAUUUACGAAUCCAUUAACGGAAAUGACAAAGACGGAUUCCCCAGAACUUGCAUUAUGAAUAAAGUAUGCGGAAACGACGCAUUCAAUCAGGAUGAAAUCACUCAGGACAAUCAAGCUCCGGGCGCUAUUUAUUCGUUGGAAGAACAAUGCGUAUUGAUAUUCGGCAACGGAGCCGCUCCUGACGACAGAUGCACAAACGAAAGAGAUAAUGUUUGUCAACGUCUUGUUUGUAAGGUAGGAAUGUAUUGCCGUGCGCAAGAUCCGGGAGCGGAGGACGGAAGUCCUUGCGGCGAGGAUAAAGUAUGUAUUAAGGGUAAUUGCGUCCAUUCGUCCCAGUUAAGUUUCCGUAGAAUGAAGAACCAUAAUUCCGAUUGUACGUCGGGAGUGACUUUGCAAAGGACCGUUCCGCCUGGUUGUACUAAUACGGCAUUGAAUAUUCGAACCUAUAUCGAUAGAUCGUAUAGACUGGUUACGUCUUGCGAAGAGUAUGUUACCCACUAUCCGGAAGAGUGUUUUAGCGGCGUUGAAGACGACUGCUGCAAGAAGUGUAGCGAAAUGGGUUUGACUCGGGCCAACACUCAGAUAGCCAACUCGAAUUCCGCUUGCGAUCCGAAUCCUUGCAAGAACAGCGGCGUAUGCCGCCAAUACGGUAGCUCCGCUUACGUAUGCGAAUGUCCAGCCGGAAGUGGAGGAAAGGAUUGCGAUAGAGGAGAGAGCGAAGGCGGACCGCCCAUCGUUCAAACUGUUCCAACGCCGCCCUGCAUAGAUGAAAAUAUCAGAGUUACCGUCUAUGGCGAUAAUAGCAAUGUAGUAGGUUGUAGUGACGGAGCAUCGCAAUACGGUGCUAAUUUUUGCAGACAAGUUGGUCAAUAUUGCUGCCUCUCCUGCAAAGAUGUUUAA